AUGUCAGUUUUGGAACAGCAUUUGUGGCCCAAGCUUCAAUAUUUAGAUGCAAAGUCGAUAUUUGUCGUCCGCUCCGUUUCUCAGUUAUUCAACUCUAUAGCAACUCCAAUCGCGUAUCGAAGAGUUGUGUUGAACGAGUUGAUUGUGCGUCCAGAUGCCCAGACGCUGUUUUCCAAAGCGCUGGAGCAUAUUUCAACGUAUACCAAUCAUGUCGUUGUUCGAAACAACCUGAAGCCUUCUGGCAUAAGGAAAAUUUUGUCUCGUGUAAUGAGACUGUCUUCCGUCACCCUAUGCUACGUGCAGGACGAUAGUCAUGGCGCAAGCACUUGGCCGAUACACGAUGUCCUUGACUACGACCAACUACGUACUCAGAAUACAAAGGUGAAUAUAGAAAAUCUCCCCUUGGGAGGCUCGCAAAGUGACUUGCAUGCGUCACUGCUUGAUCCCGCAUUUACAAGGCACCUGGUGUCAUUGAAACUCGCCAGACCAACACCGCCAUUGACGACAAAAGUAGAUUCGUUGAAGCGUCUUUUAGUGCAGUGCUCAUCUUUGGAGACGCUGCAUUAUGAGGACCUGGGCCAAGGCACCAGCUUCACGUUUUCUGCAGGAGAAUGUCUGCCACCGCUUUCCAAUCUGGUUUUGAAAUCGUACGAUUGGUCACACUCUGCAGAGGAGGUAGAAAGACACUGGAACCUGUCCCAAAUGAAAUCUCUCGUUCUUGUUUCUGUGCCUGUUUUGAACUUUUUGAAUUCCAUUUCUCCACCAGACUUGUGCAACCUGACGAGGUUGCAGGUACACGAGAGCUUGGCACACGCCUCUGACGGGCGAGAAGAGGCCACCCGAAGACUAGAUUUACUAGUGAGGAAGCACAUCAGAGCCUUGGAAGUCUUGGACAUUACCUGCCAUACCAACCUAUUCCACAUUGAUUCUAUUUUGCAGCAUGGUGGUUCUCUUCGACAGGUUCAUUUUCGCGACCACGUCGGAUUCACAGACGAUGAUGAUGAAUGCCCGACGUUGCGGGCCGAAGACGUCACAAGGCUGGGGCAGGGCCUGCCGUUUGUCCACACACUCGAGCUGGACAUGGACGUUGCACUGUGCUAUCCUCCCGAGUUUCUGCGUGGCAUAGCCUCCUUUCCGAUGCUCCAGACUCUGAUCCUCCACGUACAGACGCUGCUACGUGCGACCGAGAAGGACGACCCGGCUCGGGACCGUGACUACGAAUCAGCCAUGCAGGUGUUUUCCUGCCUCGUACGGCUGCGGGAGAAGAGCAACCCCGACUUUGCGUGGAAGAGCAUCACCAUCAAUGUAGGCGGAUGGCGCCGGGUCAUGUUGCGGAGAAUGGGCCCGGAGUGGAGGAGGAAGAAUGCACGGGGCAUAUUUGCAGAGAGAUGCUUUGUGCUCGAGAGGGACGAGAAUGGUCGGUACAGGGUUGCCGAGCAAGAAUGCCACGACGGGUCGCAGUACAUUUCGACGUCGCAGCUCUGA